GCUAAAUUAGAAGUACCAUCGAUUUUUGGAAAAGUUUGACAAAUUAUUUCCAUUUAUUGUCGAUUUUCCCUGUUCAUAUCUUCAAAAAGUAAUGGUGUGCCAUGGAUCCGCCAGUAGACGAGAACUUGUUCCUUGCUAUAAAACAAGAACUCACCAAUUUGGAGAAAAAUCCGGCAAACGAAUGUGUCGUGCUUGCUGGAAUUCCGGAGUUACAAAACACAGAGACGGCCUCACCCCCAGUUGCAACUGGGGGUGAGGUUGGCAAGCAACGGUCUGGGGAAUCGGCGUCUUAUGAAAGAAUGACUGUAGAAGCUGCUAAUGUUGAUCAGAACUUGGGACUAUCUUUGAAUGAAAAUGACAAAAUGAUCAGCAUGGAAAUGGAACUAAUUUCAAAGUCAGGCUCAGGCGCCCUCUUGUCUGAUACUGCAUUCAGACAGUCAUCAUCAAAUGAUGGGAAAUCUUGCAAUACAGGCUCUCAAUCCCUUUCAGACUGUAAUCAGCCAAAUGAGUCAAAAGCUAUGGCGAGUAAACUUUCUGAACAAAGUGGGCUGGGAAAUGAUGACGAAGACAGCACAAACUUGGAAACGAUCAUAAAACCAAUGGUUUGUCGAAUUUGUGAGAAAGAGUUCAUGGAGCCAAUUGUGUUGGAUGGGCAUUAUAAAGCUGUUCAUGAUUUAGAUAAUGCGUACCAGUGUUGGCGAUGUGUCUAUUGUACAUCUGCUUAUUCUUGCAUGGAACGCCAUAUGGAAUUCUGCGGCUCAACGACGCCAUUUCCCUGCGAUCGAUGUAUGGAAAUGUUUGAAAAUAUGGAUGCUUUGUCGGAACAUUGCACAAAAGUGCAUUCGGGAUCUGUCAGCCGUUUUCACUGCAUCGACUGUGUCAUGGAGUUCGAGUCUGACACAGCAUUGGCUAAACACUCCGAGGCAUUUCAUCCAAAAAAGAAAUCUGUGGAGGCAGAGUUAUUUUGCUCCGAGUGCGGGGACGUAUUUGAGAACACUCGUGAGUUAUCGGAGCAUAAAGUUUGUGCCCAUUCUCAGGAUUUAACAGCCCAAGGUACAAAGAUUACAUUAUUGAACGGGAAAAGAAAGUGUGGGAGGAAUAAAGUUGUAAUGGAAGCGACAGGAGAGCCUGGCAUCACUGCAGUAAAACAGAAAACUGAUUGUGAUGUAACCUUAGUUGACACCAAUAGGCCUAGCUUGAGGAAACUUCCAAAAGUGAGAUUAAUAGCAGCCAAGAGCAAAAUAGUUGGAAAGAAAAACUUCUGGGUUGCAUCAGAAGUUGGAGAGGAUCAAAAAUUUGCUCUGGAUGCAAAUUUAGAUACUGGUCCAAACAUUGCACCAGAAAAAGACUUAGAUAACGAAUUGGACAGUAAAUUGUUAGCUGAUGCUGACAAACCAAGAAAGGUGGGGAAAAGGGCCCCGAAAGUUAAACAGGGGAAAUUGGGACCUACAGGCAGUGCUGUUAAAUCGAAACCGAAAAAAGCAAAAGUUGACACUGAUGUUUUCGACACCCUGUAUUUGUGUCCACAUGUCGAUGCGGGUUGUAAAUAUAAGUCAACCAAAAAAAGCAAUUUAUCCUAUCACCUGAGAACGCACAAGAAUCGCUACUCAUGCGAAUCUUGUGAUUUUCAAUGCUGCAAAAAAAAGCAGUUGAAAUUGCAUUAUAAGUCUGUCCAUGGUAGAGAUGUCAACCCUGGAUUUCUUUGCUCGAUGUGCGGGAAAAGUUUCAGAAACGGCACGAAAUUAAAAAUUCAUAUCCGCGUCCAUAAUAACGACCGCCCCUUUAUUUGCGACCAGUGUGGGCAAGGUUUUGCUAGUAAGUACAUGAUGUCCGAACACCAAAAAGUCAAGCACGGUGGGGAAAUUUUUCCGUGCGGAAUUUGUGGGAAAAAGUUCCCUGUCAAGAAAUAUUUGUCGAAACAUGUCAAAACGCACGAUUCGACGAAGCCGUUUUUUUGCGAUAUGUGUCCGAAGGCAUUUAAGACAGCGAAUCAUUUAAAGGCGCAUACUCGGGUGCAUACGGGUGAGAAACCAUUCGAAUGUAAAGAAUGCGGGAAAUGCUUUAAGCAGAUCUGCGGAUUGAUGGCGCAUAAAAACAUCCACAAGGGGGAGAAGACAUUCAAUUGUACAACAUGUCACCGGGCGUUUAUGUACAAUACGAGUUUGCGGGCCGGGGUGUGUCUUCAUUGUCGGAAGUCUGCGCAUGAGGACAGAGCGAAAAUUUCAAAAACGCUCGAGAAGGGCGAUUUUGUUAAAAGCAGGAAUUCUGGGUAUUUUCCAAAUGUAUAUGUUCCCGUAUCGGGCAUUCCAGGAAUUACAACAAGCACUGUUGCUGACAGUUUUGUUGAUUUUGCAAAAGCUGGUCCUGGUGUUUUGCCUCCCAUGAGUGUACCGGUUUUUUCGGGUGCUUCCUCAGAAAGUCCAUAGAUAUUUUGUGAAUAUCUGUGCAGGAAGUGUGAAGUAGAUGUAGUAUUCUUGUCAGCGACAAGACAAAGCUGUAGGCUGAGCCUUGGGGGGGGGGGGACUGCAGGUCAUGGGCAGGUGGAAUUCAGCUGUACGUGUAGUUGUGAAACUCGGUGAAUAAACCUAUUUUGGGGGUGCCCUACCUCAGAGAAAUUGGACAAUGUUGGAGCUAGAAUAUAUUUUCCUGUUGUGUGGGAAUAAGGAUUCAGUUCUUUCCACAUGUUCAUGUAAUAAAAGACAUACUUUGAUAAGUGAACGACGCUGCUGUUUUUGGGGGUGUAUGACAGCCCCCCUCCCCUCUUAGGCCUAUGACCCCGAACUAGGCUUGCGACAUUGUAAAAGGACAGUUUUUUAAAUGUGGAGGACCAGUAUGCGCACAGCUGCAUCUUUUGUCUCUUGUGCAUUUCUUGAAUGUAUAAAUUGUAUCGAUUGUUAGAAUUAUAUUGGCUUCCAACGGCUCAUGGUCUAUUGAACAUUCAUUUCCCCAGUAUGAUAAAGUCACUUGCUUGACUGUGAGUGAACUUUGAUUUUGGUAUGUGUCAAGAGAGAUGGUGAUACACAGCAUUACUUUUCCUUUAUGUUCACCAAAAUGACCAACAAUAACAUAACGACGUAACAUGAAUCUAUUUAUUUUACCCUGUAAUGUAUAUUUUCUUGUACACAGAUCCUAUUGUACGAAUAAUUUAAUGCACCAAUAAAGG